GGCAGCCUGAGAAUUCUUCCUGUUCAUUGGCCAUCAGUCAUGGAGAAGGCGGGCUCAGUGGACGAACGGCUUUCUGGGAGCUGGGGAAUGCUUGCGCUGCGUAGUUUCCUAGCGAGCCCCGCGAGGACUUCCGGCGCCGGGAGCUCGCGCCGGAAGUGGGAUCUCCUGGGCCGUCGUGGGCGUUGUGUGUUUCGGGGGUGGGGGCGGGGGCGGGGGCUCUGGCCGCCUGGCUCCGACAUUAAGCACCGGGCUCCGGGUGGCCAGGAUCAGCGCCCCGAGGCAGAGGCCGGAGGGCGCGCGCACUGCUAGGAAGUGCUGGUCCCCCGCGCCACUCUGCCUGCUUGGUCCCCGGGCAGACGCCCCUGCACGAUCGCCGCUCGCCCCGCAGGCGAGGCUGCGGGGGACAGCGCGGGGCUCCGGCUGGCUCGCCUUCCCGCCUGCCGUGUCCUGCUGAGCGACCCUGGAAUACACAUCCAGAUGCUGGCCCAGCUACCACAGGGGAUCCCUCUGGGAGACUGAAAGUACAGGUUCUGGGGCCCAGGUUGAGGCCGACCAACCCUGAGCCUCAGGCCAGGGGAAUGGCAGCCCCCUUGGAGCCCCAGGACCAGGCCCCCGGGGAGGGAGAAGGGCUUCUGAUUGUGAAAGUGGAAGAUUCCUCCUGGGAACAGGAAUCUGCCCAGCAUGAGGACAGCAGGGAUUCCGAAGCCUGCCGCCAGCGCUUCCGGCAGUUCUGCUAUGGGGAUGUGCAUGGGCCUCAUGAGGCCUUCAGCCAGCUCUGGGAGCUCUGCUGCCGCUGGCUGCGGCCCGAGCUGCGUACCAAGGAGCAGAUCCUGGAGCUGCUGGUGCUGGAGCAGUUCCUGACAGUGCUGCCAGGGGAGAUCCAGGGCUGGGUGCGUGAGCAGCACCCGGGAAGCGGCGAGGAGGCUGUCGCCUUGGUGGAGGACCUACAGAAGCAGCCAGUGAAAGCCUGGGCACAGGAUGUGCCCUCGGAGGAGGCGGAACCCGAGGCUGCAGGCCAGGGAUCUCAGGCCAAGGGGCCUCCCCCAAUGGUGGGGGCAUGGAGGCGGCCAUCUGUUCCCCAGGAGCAGCACAGCCAUAGCGCCCAGCCUCCUGCUCUUCUUAAAGAGGGGUGUACCAGAGAGACGACGGACACCUGCUUUGUCUCUGGGGUCCAUGGACCUGUGGCAUUGGGAGACAUUCCAUUCUAUUUCUCCCGGGAAGAAUGGGGCACUCUGGACCCUGCUCAGCGGGAUCUCUUCUGGGACAUAAAGCGGGAGAACUCCCGGAACACCACCCUGGGUUUGGGGCUCAAAGGCCAAAGUGAGAAGUCCCGGCUGCAGGAAGUGGUGCCGGUGGUGCCGGGCCAGACAGGCAGCGACGUGACUGUGUCCUGGAGCCCCGAGGAGGCUGAGGGCUGGGAGAGCGAGAACCGGCCGAGGGCGGCCCUGGGCCCAGUGGUGGGCGCGCGACGGGGACGGCCACCCACUCGCCGGCGCCAGUUCCGGGACCUGGCAGCCGAGAAGCCGCACAGCUGCGGGCAGUGUGGAAAGCGCUUCCGCUGGGGCUCGGACCUGGCGCGGCACCAGCGCACGCACACGGGCGAGAAGCCACACAAGUGUCCUGAGUGCGACAAGAGCUUCCGCAGCUCCUCGGACCUGGUGCGCCACCAAGGCGUGCACACGGGCGAGAAGCCCUUCUCCUGUUCCGAGUGUGGCAAGAGCUUCAGCCGCAGCGCCUACCUGGCCGACCACCAGCGCAUCCACACGGGUGAGAAGCCUUUCGGCUGCAGCGACUGCGGCAAGAGCUUCUCGCUGCGCUCCUACCUGCUGGACCAUCGGCGUGUGCACACCGGUGAGCGGCCCUUCGGCUGCGGAGAGUGCGACAAGAGCUUCAAGCAGCGCGCGCACCUCAUCGCGCAUCAGAGCCUGCACGCCAAGAUGGCCCAGCCCGUGGGGUGAGCAGCCGGCUUGGCCGGAAAGCCCGGGGGAAGCCCAGUCACGGCACAUCCUGCUUCGUUCACCACUGGGACUCUCCUUCCAUCUGUGGCCACCUCCUGGGCUGUCCGAGGGACCCCAGGGGACCUCACACUCGGAGCUCGCCUGCCCUGCUCAGCUCUGAGGACCUGCCCAGCACUCAAAGGGAACGGAAGCCUCCCCUUCCCGCCCCCUGAUCUUGUCCUCUGUCCCCCUUCCGCGCCUAGCGUUUCUCUUCCCCUCUAGUUUCCUGGAGCCCCAACACAUUCCUGGCAGGGGCAGCAGGGUGGCGAGGACUCAGGUCUAGGUCCCUUCCCAGAAGUCUCCGAGCCUCAUUUCACUGUGUGGCUCUUUGGCCCCCACCCUGUGGGGUGGGUCCAUGGGUCAGGCCUCUGCCCUGCCCACCUGUGCCUUUCAGUGGGCGUGGAGGACUGGCCUUGGCCCCCCAGGGGACUGCUGGACUUUGGGAGAGACAGUCAGCCCACACCUGUGGGACCGCGGGUCUUAGUCACGGCGGCAGGGGCUUUCUGGCCCCCACCCACUCCCAUUUCCAGGCCAUGACCACUCUGCCCUGUCCUAGCCACACGGACUCGGCCUGCCUUUGCCCUCGGCCUACUUGCCCUAGCAUGAGGCUCUGAGAGCCACCUGCUCACCAGUCUGGUGAGGAUAAUGGUGGCUCCAGCGACAGGAGGCCAACCCUGGAGACCAAGAACAGGGCGCCUGGCUGCCAUCUGCUCCUCCAGAGGUGCGGCUGCACCAGACUCAGCACUAGCACUCCAUCACCACUAGCACCUCACUCCAUCGGCACUAACGCCCCACUCCAUCGGCCCCGGCAUCCUGCUCCAUCGGCACUGGCGCCCUGCUCCAUCGGCACUAACGCCCCACUCGGCGUCCCACUCCAUCGGCACUAACGCCCCCACUCCAGCGGCACUAACACCCCCACUCCAGCGGCACUAAUGAUCCGCUCCUUUGGCAUUGGCGCCCCACUCUAUCAGCACUAACGCCUCGCUCCUUCGGCACUAAGGUCCUGCUCCAUCGGCUCUAACGCCCCGCUCCAUCGGCUCUAACGCCCCGCUCCAUCGGCUCUAACGCCCCGCUCCAUCGGCACUGGUGCCCCACUCCGUUGUCACUACCGUCCAGCUCCAUCGGCACUACCACCCCGCUCCAUCAUCACUACGUCAAGCUCCAUCGGCACUGGCGCCCCAUUCCAUCGGCACUAACGCCCCCUCCAUCGGCACUAACACCCCACUUUACCGGCACUGGUGCCCCGCUCCGCUGGCACCGGCGCCCCGCUCCAUCGGCACUAACGCCCCGCUCCAUCGGCACUAACGCCCUGCUCCAUUGGCGUUAACGCCCCACUCGGCGCCCCACUCCAUCAGCACUAACGUACCCCGCUCCAUCGGCAUUAACGCCCCGCCUCAUUGGCACUUUGCUGCUGCCUCCUGAGCACUGCCUUCCAUGAACGGGGACAGACCAGAGGCCCUGCAAGGACUCCCCCACGGACCUCCAAAGGGCAACAGAAGAGUAUUAAUAAACGUGAAAACUUA